GUUCAGCUGUGUUUUGGAUUGUAAUUUUGUUCGGCAAAUGGAUAGUGUUCGGUAUCAUACAGAGCGAGAUGGCGACGCUGAUACUGGAUAUAAUGUACAACGUCGAGACUCAGGACGAUUUCAGCGACAAUUUCUACAUGACGAUGUCUCUGCUCGGUUGCAAUUGCAAGCUGCUUAAUUUCAUGAUCUAUCGUGACGAGAUUAUGAUUCUGAUAAACACUCUGCGGGAAGAGCCUUUCUUGCCUAAAAAUCCAGCAGAGGUGGACAUAAAGAUGAAAUUCGAUAAGAUAAUCGAAUCAAAUGCAGUUCAAUUUCUAACCGUAGUACAGUGCAUUUUAAUGGUGUCCUGGGUCAGCACACCGAUCAUGGAAUCGAAGAGCAGAAAAUUAGUGUUUCGCUCGUGGAUACCGUACAAUUACUCUUCACCGACACUGUACGGUGUCACGUAUAUGCAUCAAAUGAUCAGCACGACAGCUGACACGGUUAUGCACAUUGCCGUCGACACUCUUUUCAAUGGAUUUCUCCUAUGCAUAUAUUGUCAGUUGGAGAUUCUGGAGUAUCGUCUGCAACAUUUAGCGAAACACGAGCAGAAUUCGGCGAAGGAAUGCGCUCGUCACCAUAACCGCAUAUACAAGUAUGCGGCGACUGUGAACAAAAGCUUUCAAGUGGUGCUGUGCUUUCAGUUCAUAGCGGCUGGUUCGAUGAUUUGCUUCAACAUUUACAGAUUGACGCAAACGAAGAUCACCGAGAAAGGAAUCGAGACGAUCAUGCUCAUGUUUUGCUCGCUGUUACAGAUAUUUUACUACUGUUGGUACGGGAACGAAGUUAAGCAGAAGAGUCUGAAAAUUCCUGAUGCGAUUCUCGCUAGCAACUGGGAAAGUUUGGAUAUCAACUCGAAGAGGACUUUACUGAUGGUCAUGCUACGAGCUACGUUUCCCAUGGAGUUCACCAGUGCUCACGUUGUGUCGGUGAAUUUAGAGUCAUUUAUGACGGUGAUGAAAACUGCUUACUCGGCGUUUAACUUGCUUCAACAGAGGGAAUUUGCGUCGAAGAGAGCGAAAGAUGCGCGUACUAAAGGGGAUUUUCCAUCUGUUAACCAUCACCGGAUAUUCACGGCCGUCUCGUUGGACAUCGCCGUUGAAGAAGAACCUCUACAGAUUACCGAGAUCCUAGACCUUGUACUCGUGGCCGACAAUCGGAACGAUAUCAGUGAAAAUUUGUACACGACACUGGUUAUGGUCGUCACUUGCUUCAAAAUGGCUGCUCUGCUAACGAGCAGGGAGAACAUUAAGAUUUUGGCGAACCUUCUUAACAAGGAGCCGUUUCGGCCAGCGAACGCCGGGGAAGAGGACAUUCAGUCGAGAUUCGAUGAAAUGGCUAUACAGAGAACGAAGGCGUACUUGAGCAUAGUCGGAGGUUGGGCGGUAUGGGCGCAUACGAUGUCGCUGAUCGUGGACUCCUCGACGGGAAAACUGCUCUAUCGCGCCUGGUUACCGUUCGAUCAUACCACGCUGCUGGGUUACAGCGUUGCGUCGAUUCAUCAGAUCGCAUCCUCCAUGAUCUGCACCGCGACGAACACGGCGUUCGACAACCUGUUCAGCGGUCUGUUGAUUCACACGUACUCUCAGUUCGAGAUACUCGGGCACCGGCUGCGCAACAUUCACGGGGACGAGGACGAUUCGGUGAAACAGUGUGCUCGUCAUCAUGGCCUGAUCUACAAAUUCGCAGGCAUGGUGAACGGGGAAUUCAGAGCCGUAAUGUUUAUGCAGUUUCUUGUGAGCACAAGCACGCUGUGUUUCGAUCUCUUUCAGCUGAGCGAGAGCGAAUUCGGCACCGAGUCGACCGACAUGAUCCUCUACGUGAGCUGCACUCUUCUGCAGAUAUAUUACUACUGCUGGCACGGAAACGAAGUCAAGCUGAAGAGUAGCCAAGUUCCGGACAUGAUAUUCGAAAGCGACUGGACCCGUUUCAGCAACAACGCUAAGAAGAUCCUGCUGGUGAUGAUGAACCGAGCAACGGUGCCGAUCGAGUUCACCAGCCUCUACCUCGUGACCAUCAAUCUCGAAUCUUUCAAGGCGUUGGUCAAGACGUCUUACUCGGUAUUUAAUCUACUUCAGCAGACGAAACAAUGACAAGAACGAUCAUGGACUAUAUCGGUUCACGGUUCGAUCGAAAACAUUAUUGAAACGAACUUUUCGAAAAACGCAGAAAACGGAUAG